AUGUAUACAUGCCAGUCCCGAAGCGCACGCCCACCUGGCGGCCUGCUUGGCCGCAAAAGUGUGGGCCUCACGCGCACGUCAGCGGGAUAUUCUGCCAUCCCGAAGCUGCUGGGAUAUCAUGCAAUCUCGGAGCUGCAGCAACCACUGCAAGUCAAGAGCGGCCUGACCAUGGUCGACAGGAGGGAGUGGCGGCUG